UGGCGAACACUCAAAACAAAAACAAUUCCGAUUUUUCUUGCAUUACGGUAGUUUUAAAAUAACUAUUUUUAAUAUUGACGGUUUAUUUAUCGUGUAAUAUAAUUUGUGGAUAUAGAAAAAGAAUAUGCUAAAUGGGCAAAUUGCUAGGCGAUCUAGCUGUUGGAGAAAACCAAUUCGUAUCAGUGGUUUCAAAUCAGAUCUGAAAAGAACAAAGUCACAGGAAUCAUACUUGAACCAAAUUCUGGAAUGCAUUAACGAACCAUCCAUCAGAAGAAAUAAUUUAAUACAAAAACAUUUAUUCCAGCACUAUCCGAGAUGUGAUGGUUAUUUCAUACACUAUGAUCAUUUCGAACACGAAACCAGAGGUGUAUAUAGUCUCUCGUAUUCCAAGUGUGGGAAAUAUAUAGUUAUUGGCUUUGGUAAUGGAUCAAUCAAAUUGCUGAAUAGAGAAACUUGGAAACCCCAAGUUUUUCUCAAAGGCUCAAAGAUUGGCCUGCCUAUCAACAGUAUCAAAUUUAGUAAGUCGAGUGACAGCAGUUAUUUUUUUGCUGGCAGUGAAAAUGGUACCAUUUCUGUUGGAACAGUCUCGCCACACUCAUAUGUCACAUUUGCCCAAGAAACAGGCAAUGCAAUCUAUACAAUGGACCUUGACAAGAAGGCUGAAAAUCUGUUGACAGCUGGUGAAGACUCAGUGAUCAGAGUUUACGACUGCAACACAAACCAGAAGAAACGAGAGUUAAGUGGUCAUGAGAAUAGGAUUUACUGUGUCAGAAUGAAUCCUGACGAUGAUAAUUGUUUCGUAUCAGGAGGACUCGAUAGAACAUUGAAAUUUUGGGACUUGAGGUCAAAUAAAUGUUUGUUGAAGAGUGAAAAAUCGUGUAUGUUAUUUGGAGAUGGAAUAGACGUGAAGAACGGGGUACUCGCUAUUGUCAGCUGGGAGGAGCCUCCUGGACAGAUUUGGGAUAUGAGGGAGAUGAGAAAAGUGAAGGAUAUCACGCCUAAAAACAGGAAAGUACAAAAAACUGGUAGUUUAACCUUGUGUGGUAAAUUCUUUCAUGCAAAUUCUGACAGUGCAGACUUGUUCAUGGCGGGUUCAAUGGGACAUGGCAGUAUGGUGUUCUAUUCAUUGAAAGAGGAAGCAGUUCUUCAUGCAUUCGUUGCAAACGAGACUAUCAUUUGUAUAGACUCCAGAGGACAUGAAGUUGCAUUUGGCGGAAAACAGAUGGGAUUAUACAUUGUCGAAUUCUUCCCAGAUAUUGAUUCCUUCGAAUCGGUUGACAGUAGCUCAUCCUACUCUGACUAUCAAGACUCAGACUAAUAUCUCAGUCAGUUUAUUCAUUAAUUGAAUAGAAGUUUGUCAAGGAUAAAUUACUUGGAAGAUUUAUCAGUCAAUACUCUCAUAUUCUCGGUUAUAGCCUACUGAGCUCUAUGUUGGUUCCGGCACAAAAUAUAAGGAUGCAGAUGAUGAUGAAUGAAAAUAUUUCUGCUAUCUGGGAAUAUAAUUGAGUAUCUAUAUUUUAUUAAAAGUUCUGUAUUUCCUAUAUAUACUUCAAUCAUUGGAUAUCUGAUUGAAGUAACAUCUAAUAACAUGACAAGGAAAAUAAAGAAUUUACCAAGAUUCACUGAAUGCAUUUCAAUAGUCUACAGUUUGUCUCUAAGCGGCUGUAAAUUCUAUUUAAACAAACACUAAAUCGAUAACCUGCAUUAAUAACACAAAUUUAAUCCAGGGAAUAAUUUCAAAUAUUGAAUUUCAUAUACGUAAAUUGCAGAUCAAUGGAGAAUUC